AUGACUUCUAUUCAUACUAAUAAAACAAACGAUUUAGAAAAUAAUAAUAUUGAAAAAUCCCAUCAAGAUGAUUAUGAACCGUUUUAUAAACCCCAUUUUGACUUGAGAUCGAUAUCCAAGUACUUGAAAACCAGAUUCACUGAUUUGGCUCCAAGUAAAGAGUUCAUGUUACAGAAUAAGCAUUUAUUAAACCCAAUACCUGCUUUGAAAGAAAUACCUGCUCAUCAGUGGAAUUAUAUCGUGAUUGCCUUUUUGGCUUGGUGUGCUGAUGCUUUGGAUUUCUUUAGUGUGGUUAUGAAUGUAGAUGCUUUAUCUAAAGAUUUAAAUACUUCAACUACAAAUAUCACUUGGGGUACUACUGUUGUUUUAAUGUUGAGAAGUGUUGGGGCUUUCAUCUUUGGGUAUUUUUCAGAUAAGUACGGUUCCAAAUGGCCGCUUGUCAUCAAUAUUCUCUUAAUGACUUGUAUCCAAAUCGGAUUUUCUUUUAUUCAAACUUAUUCCCAGUUCUUAGCCGUUAGAGCCUUGUUUGGUAUUGUAAUGGGUGGGAUUUAUGGUAAUGCUGUCUCUACUGCAUUGGACGAUUGUCCUCCUAGAGCAAGAGGGGUCAUUUCCGGUCUUUUACAACAAGGUUAUGCAACUGGUUACUUGAUUGCGGUGGUUUUCACUAGAGCAAUUGCCGAUACUCAAUCCCAUACAUGGAGAGCCAUGUACUGGGUAGAAGCAGGUAUCACGUUUAUUAUUGCCAUUUCCAGAACGAUCUUACCACAAACAAAUUUAACCAGGGAACGUAUUUUAGAAUCUAAAUUACAACAACUGAAUGGGGUUGUUACUGAACCUUUCAACCGUAAGUUCGUCCGUAUCAUGAAAGAUUAUUGGCUUAUGUUUGUUUAUCUUAUUUUAUUAAUGUCAGGUUUCAAUUUCAUGUCUCAUGGUUCUCAAGAUUUAUACCCAACUUUUUUGAAAGUUCAAUUAGGUUUUUCAAAUGAUCGUGCCACGGUUACCAAUUGUGUUGCUAAUAUAGGUGCCAUCGCUGGAGGGUUGAUUGUUGGUCAUUUCUCCGUAUUCGUUGGUAGCCGUUUGAUUGGGGUUUCUUGCUGCAUCUUAUCCUAUGCAGUGGUUUAUUCUUGGAGUCAUUAUACUGGUUCAAUUGGUUCCCUUAACGCUGCUGCCUUUUUCUUACAAUUCUUCGCUCAAGGUUGUUUUGCCAUUGUACCCCUGUUUCUUAAUUCUUUAGCUGAUCCAGAAUUGAAAUCUUUUAUUGUGGGUAUGAGUUAUCAAUUAGGUAAUUUGGCUAGUUCUGCUUCUUCUACAAUUGAAUCAACCAUUGGUGCGAGAUUCCCUCUUAAUAUUAAUGGUAAACAUGUUUUCGAUUAUGGGAAAGUCUUAUUAAUCUUUAUGUGUUGCGUUUACGCUUAUCUUUUCUUAGUUCUUCUACUUGGUCCAGAAAGAAAAACAAUCGAACAAGAUAUCCAAGAAGAAAAAGAAUUGAAUGAUUUCUACGACAAUAAAUUCAGCGAAACUAACGACGUUCAACAGAUUGAACAAUCGGAAAAAAAUGAAGUAACCGUGAAUAAUUCAACCAAAAAAAAUUAA